AUGCCUUCCCGGGCUUCGCAACCUGGCAAGACUGCGCCCAAGUUCCUCCAUGACCUCCUUCGACUCGACCCUCAAGCCAUCGGCCUGAACCACCGAAACAUCCUUCUCGACAACCCUCCGCAAUUCGAUGGCAACGCUCGCUCAGGCCCGCCCUUGGUCUUGGACAGAGGCAGCUGCAAGCACGAAUACUACUCGCACAUAGCACGCUGCAACUUGCCGCGUAUCGAUGAGUCUGCACAACAGGAUACUCGCUGGAAGGUCGCCGCUUGCUGCAGGAAAUGUCGCCUCUAUCUCACUCUCUCCAUAGACUACCCGGAAACUGGCUGCAAACGACCAUGUCCCAACAGAGAUCACCCACUCCACCAUCUUCGUCACACUACGACAUCCACCGAUCCGUCACAAGUCGGCUACCACUUUGAGUGCUCCAAUCUCGCCUGUCAAGCACACGUGCACGUCGCCUACCAGAGACCCGUCUUGACCAAAGAAGACAUCCUGGUUCUCACCGAUCCUCAAGCUCUGACUCGACGUUACGAGCACGUCAUCGAGGCUACUCCGGACCGUGAGGGUGUGCGUCUGGCCACUCCUCAGGAAGUCUUUACCCGCUUCAAGAGAUAUGUUUCGGAUUCCCUGCUUGAGGAAAAUGCUAGGCGUAGCUUCCCUGCAAGAAAUAAGAGAUUCAUGGAAGCCUUUGGAACAGAUUGCGACUUGUUACUCUACCGCAUAGGGUUCAAGAAAGAUGAGGACCAACAUGGCGAGGAUCAAUGGAAGCUGCCUUCGCCGAAAUCAGUUGAUGAUCCGGACCUGCUGCGUCUUAUGCUCGAGAGAUUGGUCAUUGAGUUGCAGUACCUGAUUGACGAGUAUUGCGCAAGUCACGCAACUCCCAAUCCUUCGCGGCCGACGUAUCAGGAUGCGAGAAUUGGAUCUCGCUCGUACGCUGAGCGCACAGAGCUGUAUGAUAAACAUCCCAUAUUUGAUGACAAAGUCCCUGGGCGUAAUCUGGAUCCGACCGAGGAGGACCAUCCCUGCUUUGCCAGUCUUGGUGCCCUUGGCGAUUUCUCAGAUCGUCUAGUUAUCUUCUCUUACGAAAGGCAGGCGGCAUGCGAUCCCGUAGAAGGGCCUUAUUACUUCGAUUGCCUCCAAGAGCUCGCGACGGGUAGACAAAGCGAGCUUCUUAUCACCAAGUCAGCCACACUCGCAUCGGAGAAUGUCUUGAGCAAAAAGGAUAUCAAUCAAGCAUACAAAGCUUUAGGUAUUGACCCAGAUGUGCAAAAGACUAUCGACGACGAACAAGUAAUCGGAAUCUACAAAUCACGAUGGUCAGACAGUAGCGAAACAGGGCAGGCCGACUUGAAGACAGCCUUAAAGACGUUAGGCAAUGCCAGAAGCAGUCGCUCAAUACUUGACAUUGCCGCAGACACCGUGGAAACAUAUGAGCAAGCACUUACAUGGCUUGGUGCCGAUGCAUCUCAAGCAGACGACACAAUUGUAGCGCUGUAUGGCGUCAAAGUCAAUGACUGUUACAACGAUUCGAUGACCAAAGAUCUUGCUCGCCGUGCCGUUGGCUUGAUUGCUGCGCACCGCAAAAGCGAGAUUUUGCAAAGUUGGCUUGCCACUGGUGAAAUGACUUCGCAAACAAUGGCUCUCCAAGAAGCGUGCAAACACCUGGAGAUCGACAAUCUCGACGAGGUCGACCCAAGCAUGAUUGAAUACCAAUUCGACCUUGUCAGAGAAGGAAAACCUGGAGCGACAACUGACAAGGCUAUCGCCGUCGUUCGCAAAGCUAUGGACGAACGACAGUCCGGACAACAGCCUACACAGAGCUGGCCUGUCGGACUGAUCAGCCACGGAAAUACUUGCUAUCUCAACAGUCUCCUCCAAUAUUACUUCACCAUCAAGCCCCUGAGAGAGCUAAUACUCGAUUUCGACAAGUUCAAGUACGAUCUAGCAACUCAAGGUGCAAAAGCCGAGCGAGUUGGAAACCUCCAUCGUCCCGAGUAUGAGAUCGAAUCAUUCCAAAGCCUUACUAACGAUCUUCGACACCUCUUCGAGCGCAUGAUCAAAGACCGUGGAACAGCUGUCAAGCCUGAAGCGGAUCUGGUCUGUCGAGCUUUCUUGAAGCCCACUGGUCCUGAAGCAGAUACAGCAGGCUCGCAACAGGACGAGGGUGUAGACGUCAACAUGACUUCCACCGAGAACGAAAACCACCCUGCUGACGUGGUCGCCACCGGAAAUGCAGAUGACUCCUCCACAAUCUCUCAAACCAGCUCAACUACGCUUCAAGGCAACGCUGUGCUUACUCCGCCAGUCACCCCUAAAGCCGAGAAAGAGGGUGAAUUUCUCGCCCCGCCGUUGCCGCCUAGAAGGCCUGCAACUCCAUCUCAACAAACCAAAACCAACCUGCAAAAGGCAGAAGAAGCUGCUAGACAGCAGCAAGAUGUCGCCGAAGUUAUGGAAGAGCUACUGACAAGGUUGAGAGCCUCAAUCAAGCCGCUCGGAAAAGACUCUCAAGGCGAGCAGUUGGACCAGCUUCGAGACAUCUUCAACAUGCGCAUUACCGAUACGAUCAUCCCGGAAGGCGAGCAACCUUCGACAAAGGAAGAUGAUUUCACCAACUUGAUGCUCCUGCCACCUUAUGAGCCUACCGACAUCUACUCUGCUCUCAGUCGAGUUCUUGAUUUACACCCCGAACCAGAAGCUAGCAAGCCGGUCAACGUGUACAAAACCUUGAAGUCGUUCCCACCGAUCCUUCAAAUCAGCAUCAACCGCAUCCGUUUGGAUCGUGAAGGCAAACCAGUCAAGAGUGUUGAUCGCAUAAGACUCGAAGAGACCCUAUACAUGGAUCGCUAUUCAGACGAUGAGGCCGUACUUGCCAGACGCAAACAAUGCUGGGAGUGGAGAAGACGUUUGCGCAGCCUACAAGCCGAGAAAGAGAUCAUCCAGAAGACAGACGUUGGUAUUGAUGGCCCGUCUGCGCUCGAUGCUGUGAGUGAUUGGCUGUCUAACCUGUCUGAAUCGAACUCAAUCCUUUCGGAAGCUGGAGUUGACCCGAUCGAAGUGCCCGAGUCACUCUCAUCAGAUCUCAAGCAAGAGAGAGAUGUCCAGCGUGCGCGCCUCCCAAUUAUCGACCAGGAAGUACGAGAGCUGGAAGACAACAUCACAAAGCAGUUCUCUGGAUCUGAGUUCGAGAAGCUCAAAUACCGCCUUCAUGCCGUCUUCUUCCAUCGCGGUAGCACCGGUCAUGGCCACUAUUGGACUGAUAUCUACGACGCUCAAAACAACAUCUGGCGUAAAUACAACGAUGAGCAUGUUGAGCCGAUCAACACACUCGACGAGAUACUCAACGCGGAAACCUGGCAGCAUGGUACACCCACAUACGCUGUAUACGUUCGAGAUGACACCAAGGAGCAAUAUGUCGAGCCACUAUGUCGCGACGUCGAAGAAGUAACUGAUGAGCCGAUGCCCGAUGCAACUACUUCGUUCGAGCCAAUGCCUGACGCGACUCCAUUCGACCUGGCAUCUACAGCAGUUAGCGACAUCAAAGUGGAAGGAGACUGGGACAAGAUUGACGAACCGGUACAAGAGAUCAACUGGUAG